CACGGCACAAGUGAGUCGAAGCAGCAGGGAAGACAUGAGAGCCCACUGUUCCUGCAGGCUCCAUUGUGGAAGAACUUUCAACAUGCAGAGGAAGGUAGACAUACCGGGCAAGAAGCCUCAAAAGGCAUUUCUGCUCUCGGCGAGCAGCGUCCUCUCCACCUACAUGUUUGGACUUAUCUUCAUCACCAUGGUAUCGGCACCAGCUAACCCCGUGCAGAAUCUGCCAGAACAUGUGAACAAGCCAGACGGUCCAAAAGUAAACAUCAACCAGACUCUGGCAACACCUGAGGACGAGCUGGACACAGUCGCAGUAAACAUCAACCAGACUCUGACAACACCUGCAGACAAGCAGGACACAGACGCAGUAAACAAUUACCAGAAUCUGACUGCAUGUGUGGACAAGCUGGACACAGAUGCAGUAAACAUCAACCAGAAUCUGACAGCCCGCAUGGGCCAGCUGGAGAAGUAUUUUGAGACUCUGAAAGAACAUGUGGACGAGCUGGGUGAAGAAGCAGCAAAAUCUGAGCAAGUUCAGAAUUUGAAAAUACGUGUGGACAACCUGGACAGAGAUGCAGUAAAAAACGCUGAUGUUCAGAAUCUGACAGCACGUGUGGACAACCUGGACAGAGACGCAGCAAAAACCACAGCUGUUCAGAAUCUGACAGCACUUCUAGACAACAUUAACAGAGACGCAGCAAAAACAAUGGAUGUUCGGAAUCUGACAGCACGUGUGGACAACCUGGACAGGGACGCAGCAAAAACCACAGAUGUUGAGAAUCUGACAGCACGUGUGGAGUUUCUGGACAGAAACGCAGCAAAAACUACGGCUGUUCGGAAACUGACAGCACGUGUGGACAAUCUGGACAGGAAUGCAGCAAAAACCGCAGCUGUUCGGAAUCUGACGGCACAUGUGGACAACCUGGACAGAGACGCAGCAAAAACCAAGGAUGUCCAGAAUCUGACAACCUAUCUGAACAAGCUAGAUGGAAAAGUUGUAACAAUCGUGGAAUCUAUAAAGAAAGCAAACAUACACCCUCACACGUAUACAUACAUCCUCCUGGAAAGUCUGACGGCACGCGUGAACAAGGUGGACACCGCAGUUGCCGUAAACAACAUUAAAAUUGAGAAUGUGGAAAAACGUGUGGACGCUGCAAAAACUGUACACAUGGAAGUUAAGAAUCUGGAAAGACGUGUGAACAGGCUAGACACCGCAGAAGCAGUAAACAACAAUAAAGUCGCGGCUCUGGAAGCACGCAUGCUGGACAAGGACACUGCAGAAGCAAAACUUAAAGCUCUGGAAGCACGCAUGCUGAACAAGGACACUGCAGACGCAAAACUUCUGGCUCUGAAACAGGCGCUGGACAAGGACAUUGCUGAAGCAAAACUUAAGUAUUACCCAUGUGCUCCUCCAGGCUCUGGAAGCACGCAUGCUGGACAAGGACACCUCAGAAGCAAAACUUAA